UUGGAGGUUCUAAAUCACUGUCUUCUCUCUCCUUAAAUCUAUUCUUAAGUGGCUUUCUGGGUUUUUUUUUUUUUGCUUGUUGAAGCUUUGCUUCAUAAAUUUUUUAUUUUGUAUUUGGGGCAACAGUAUUGUUUGAAACUGGAGAUGGUGCAUCAGUAGGGGUUCUUUUGAGAGGAUAGAAUUUGUAUGGCUUUCUACCGGAAACCCCGCAUCAAAGAUGCGGCUUUGCGGCGGAUAUUACCUGUAGUUCUGGUUACUUUGUUGGGAAUUUUGCUAUUAACUUUCCAUGUUAAAACAAAUUCGUUAUCCAAUGUUAUAUCUUGGACAUCAGAUGAAGUCGAUGAAGAGCCAUAUUCGAAUUCCUCAAUAUCUGAUUCCAGAGGAAGACCCAUAGUGCCAAAACAAACUAAGUUGUCAAUUUUGUUGGAGAAAAAGAACAAAUUGCCUCCUAGAAAUUUAGAUGUUUUCCCAAAUCUAGCCAAGGAUCACAUAACAAUCGUCCUAUAUGUUCACAACCGGCCACAAUAUCUCCAAGUAGUUGUCAAAAGUCUGUCUAAUGUUGAGGGGAUCAGUGAAACCUUACUGAUCGUCAGCCAUGAUGGAUAUUUCGAAGAAAUGAAUAAGAUUGUUGAGAGCAUCAGGUUUUGCCAAGUCAAACAGAUCUUUGCACCUUAUUCACCACACCUCUUUCCUGAUAGCUUUCCCGGUGUCUCACCAGCAGACUGCCAGGAUAAAGAUGACCCAUCUACGAAGAACUGUAAAGGAAAUCCAGAUCAAUAUGGGAACCACCGGUCUCCAAAGAUUGUCUCAUUGAAGCAUCACUGGUGGUGGAUGAUGAACACAGUGUGGGAUGGGUUGGAGGAGACACGGAGGCAUUUAGGUCAUAUUCUUUUCAUAGAGGAAGACCACUUCAUUUUUCCCAAUGCAUACCGUACCAUCCAGAUACUUGCAGAGCUAAAGCAUCAGAAAUGUCAUGAUUGCUAUGCUGCAAACUUGGCCCCUUCUGAUGUGAAUUCGAAGGGAGAAGGGUGGGAGAACUUGAUUGCGGAGAAGAUUGGAAAUAUAGGUUAUGCUUUUAACAGGACUAUUUGGAGGAAGAUCCGCUCAAAGGCAAGAGAUUUUUGCUUCUUUGAUGAGUACAACUGGGAUAUCACAAUGUGGGCUACUGUUUAUCCCUCAUUUGGUGGUCCUGUUUACACGUUAAGGGGGCCUCGUCGAAGUGCUGUUCAUUUUGGAAAGUGUGGUUUGCAUCAGGGACAGGGGGAGAGGACUUCUUGCAUUGACAAUGGCAACAUGAACAUUGCAGUAGAGGAGGUGGAUAAAGUUGCCAACAUCAAAGCAGAAUGGGAAUUGUAUGUGUAUGAACGUCAAGCAGGUUACCAAGCUGGCUUUAAGGGUUGGGGUGGUUGGGGAGAUGAAAGAGACCGCGAACUGUGCUUGGCUUUUGCGCAUAUGUAUCACUUGGGAGACAGCUGGAGUCUUGGUUGAAGGGUCAAUUUUCUGGACUGCCAACUGCUUGGAUUUUGUGCUUAUCGUAUAUCUUUUGAGACAGCAGAGCAACUGGUUGUUUUGGUGGCUCUUUGGUUAUCUGAUUGUUAGACUGCCAAAUUAGAGGUACUACUUUCUACUCUGUACACCUUAAAGGAAGCAUAGUUACUAAUUCCACGGUUUUCUUCUCUCAA